CGAGCCAAUUCCAAUAUGGCGCUGCCCAGUGAUGAUCACAUUCACUCGCGUGGAGCUAAUUUAGUUUCUUUCAAAAGAUUUCUUACAGGCUUAUCAGUUGUCACUGAAAAACAGAUGACAAAUUCACAAUGAGAGUACAUCAGCUAAUAAAUUGUCUGUGCAAGAGAUCAUGCAUGUUUCUUCCACUUGAUAAUACCAUGGCAACACAACCAGCAAAGCAGUUAUGCACUCAACAUCACCAUGUGUCCAAGAUGUUUCGUCCGUCUUAUGUCUUGCCCAAAGGGAUGCGGCAGGAUGGAGUAGCCUGUAAAAGUCAACGACUGAUGAUGGAGAAUGGCUUAAUCCGACCGGCAGGCCCUGGAACCUUCCAUCUUCUUCCCUUAGCUCAGAGAGCCUUGGAGAAACUCAUCAAAGUGGUCGACUUGGAGAUGAGGAGAGUAGGAAGUCACAAGAUUGCCAUGCCAUCUCUCACCUCAUCAGCUUUAUGGAAGGAGUCUGGCAGAUGGGAUAUGAUGGGUGCAGAACUUUUCAAACUCAAAGACAGACACAAGACAGAGCUUUGUCUAGGUCCUACACAUGAGGAAGCAGUGACAGAUAUCAUUGCAGCUGAAGGUAUUCUGUCUCAUAAACGACUGCCGAUAAAGCUCUAUCAGAUCACAACCAAAUUCAGAGAUGAGCCAAGGCCACGAUUUGGAUUACUAAGAGGAAGAGAGUUUAUCAUGAAAGAUUUGUAUACGUUUGACUCCAGUGAAGCCACAGCCAGAGACACAUAUAACAUGGUCUGUCAAGCCUAUACAAGAUUAUUCAGAAGACUUCAGUUAGACUUUAUAAAGGUUGUAGGAGACACUGGAAGCAUAGGCGGCAGUUUAUCCCAUGAGUACCACUUACCUGCACAGACUGGUGAGGAUGAGCUAUUCCAGUGUGACAAGUGUGGUCUGGGUGCUAAUGCUGAGACAACAGAGGGCGCCAGACCGGUCUGCCCUGAGAGGUUGGAUGAGACAGCAUGCCCAAUGAGAUUAAGGAGCGGUAUUGAAGUGGGUCAUGCAUUCCUGCUGGGUACUAAAUACUCCCAGGUCUUCAAGGCUUACUUUGCUGACUCGGCUGGUAACAAACAGCUUACAGAGAUGGGUUGCUAUGGUCUAGGAGUCACCAGGAUUCUAGCUGCAGCCAUUGAGGUGUUGUCUUCUGAAGAUGAGAUUUCUUGGCCUCAAAUCAUUGCACCAUAUCAAGUUUAUAUCAUACCUCCCAAGGGGAAAAGCAAGGAGGAAGCUGCAAUCCCAUUGGCUGAGGCAUUGUGCAAUGACAUCACUGAUAGCUUCUCUCAUCUACAAGAGGAGCUGCUAUUGGAUGAUAGGGAUCACCUGACCAUAGGUCGCAGGGUCACUGAUGCCAAGAAACUUGGCUACCCUUACAUUGUUGUCUUGGGGAAACGAGCCCUUGAGGAUAAGCCAUUGUACGAGCUUCACGAUGCACAACAAGGAACAACAGAGUACGUCUCCAAAACAGAGCUUCUUGAAAUUCUUGGAUCGAUAACUGUCCUAUGACCAUGGAGGACCCAAGUCAAAUACAUCUAGCCUUGCAUUUUUACAGAUGACAGUUAAAAAAGGGGAAUAUAUUAUUGACUUUUUUCCCUCUGUUCAGUAAAUCAAGUAAACUCAAAACUAGCUGAAACAGACAUAUGGACACAGCCUGUCAAGAGAGUUGAAAAGCACUUCUGUCAAUAACAAUUUGAUUACGACUUGGAAUUGAGGGGAAAAUAAAAAAUUAUAGUAUCCAAUAAUACACACAAUGCACAUAUAGCAUGGCAUUGCAUUUUGAAUGGAUAUGUUGACCUACUUAGUACUCACUAUAUUUUUAUUUGAGUAUUUCAUGAAUAUUUUUGUUUGUACUUUGUAUUUUUGUAUUGUUUCCCCUCAUUUCUAUGUUGCAUUGUGAACAAAGUGUGACUUUUGCAUUUGCUGUCAUAGUUGGUAUACAUGGUAUAGACAAAACAGAUCUUUAAAUUGUGUGAGAGGGGCUGUGUCCACAGUUUAUGAGUGUGGAGUUUGCUUGAUGGGGCCGUAUCAUAAGUCCGACGCCUCAUAGGUCCGACGCCUCAUAAGUCCGAAAUUUCGGACUUAUGAGGCGUCGGACUUAUGAGGCAUAAAUUCUGCCUCAUAGGUCCGACGCCUCAUGAGUCCAAUGCCUCAUAAGUCCGACAAUGGACAAACGCUGUCGGAGGCGUCGGACUUAUGAGCAGACCUCUGCUUGAUUUACAAAAGGGCAGAUUUCAAAAUCUGUUUGUUUGUUUUCCAGUAGUGCUAUUUAAAUGAAACACUUUGCAUUGCUUUAAACUGUUCUGUUGAUCAUAGAAGUAGUUGACGAAUGUGUCUCGCACUCCAACCAUCUAAUCCAAACCUAACCCCCAGCCCCCAGCGGUACUGUGUGCCACAUUAGUGCAAGGGUGAAGGGAAGGGCUUCUGGGCUUCAAUCCACAUGACCAUGAGGCUAUCAAGUUAUAAAAACACAAAGUGAAUGGUUGUCUUAUUUUAACUGAAAAUGUACAUUGCAUGGGCUAUUGAAAGCAAAGUUAAUGGUAUAGCACUUGGGUUUGGACAAAAUCUUGUUGAGUGGGUUUUAAGUUAUUUUGCAAAUACCAACAUUUUGUAAGCCUCCCAAGCUUUCGUUUAUAGAUAUGAACAAAUCAUAUUGGUUUUCACGGUUUUUAUAAGCCCAGAAUGCAAUACGCUACAAAUAUAUUUUGGCAAGUUAACAAUCCAUGGAACAGCUUAUCCCGUACACGCCUUGAAAUGACAUGGUAAAAGCAAAUCAUGGAAGUCCAAAAAAGUUGGUGUGGGUAUUAUCAUACAAAAUUUGUAAUAAAUAUGGAUUUUUAACUUA